UUGUUAAUAUUGUAUGUUGGACUCCGUUAGCAGCGCCCAAUCAAUUGUCUUAGUUGCCCAAUGAUUCAGAAGAAGUCCCAUCGCCCAAACAUGCCGUUUGUUCGAUGAUAGAUAGACGGAUUGUUAAACGAAGUGGGGAGGCGGGGUUACAUCUCAGUAGGGUGUCCCACCCUCGACGCUAUUAAUAUAGACGGCGCGAGGCUCGAAUGGACGCCGCGAUACUCCGAUCCGUCAGUCUAUGCGUGCGUGCCGUCGGUGCCACACCGGGAGACCACUGCUCUCUUCGCGGUGAUGUGCGAGGACAAACACGACCUUGGCCAGUAUCUGAGCCUAAGGUGGGACUGAGGUGAGAUCGGCGCGAGUGGCACCGUCCAACGCGACCGUUGCUACAGUCAUGGUUCUCGUUCUUUUUGUGACUGGUUUUAUUGUGCUCGAAUCUAUUUUUCUCAAUUAAUCGAUAAGCAUCGUUGUUUUUUCGUUCAGCACAAGUAAAAUGUCGUUAAGGUGAUAGACGUCCGCAGGACCUCAAUUGACAAGAUCUUGGGGGAAAAUUACGAGAGCUACAAGGAUGAAUACCCGUAUGGAGAAUGACACAGUGUUAAGGAUAGUGCACCAGGUGGCAGAGCAGCCAAUACAAUUCCCUCGGCCGGUAACCAUCUUCGCUGCCAUCUGCGCUAUACUCUUCAGCAUCAUCGGGGUUCUUGGCAACUUGGUGACGAUAAUCGCCCUGCUACGAUACGCGCGUCUCCGUCGACAUGCGACGACGGCCUUUGUCAUAAGUCUGAGCAUUUCGGACCUGAUAUUCGCGACUGUGAACCUGCCGCUGACGGCGAGUCGCUAUCUCAAUGAGGCCUGGCUCCUGGGCGAGACUCUCUGCCAGCUAUUCCCGUUCUUCUUCUACGGCAACGUCGCCGUCUCGCUACUCAGUAUGGUAGCCAUCACUAUCAACAGGUACGUGCUAAUUUCCAGGGCAGAGAUCUACUCUCAGAUCUAUACGGCCCGUGGCAUCGCUUUGAUGUUGAUUGCGAUCUGGACGUUAAGCUUCUCCCUCUUGCUGCCGCCGCUGUUAGGUAUCUGGGGUAGCCUGGGCCUAGACCCAGCGACCUUCUCGUGCACAAUCUUGAAGAAAAAUGGCCACAGCCCCAAGAAACUGUUAUUCGUAGUUGGCUUCCUAGUGCCGUGCCUCGUCAUAAUUGUCUCCUACUUGUGCAUAUAUUGGCGUGUGCGCAGUAGCCGAAAAAAGCUUGAAGCCCAUGGCGGGAUGCGCAGAAAACGUAGUGGCUUCCAAAGACGCGAGGAUUCGCGCGUUACUCGCUUGAUGCUCACAAUCUUCUUAUGCUUUCUUCUUUGCUUCCUGCCGUUGAUGUUGGCCAAUGUGAUUGACGACAAGGUCCAGAUGCCAGUGCUUCAUGUAGUUGCAUCCAUGCUCGCCUGGGCUUCGUCCGUCGUCAAUCCCUUCAUUUAUGCCGGCACCAACAAACUAUAUAGAGAGGCUUAUAGACAACUACUUUGCCCGAGGAGAAUGAAGGCGAAGACUGGAACCCAGAAAAUUAUUGGUCCCAGGGCUAUUCAUUCCCACUCUAGUAAAAUUUCUUCUCAACCAACCUGAAGCUACUUUUCUCUAUAUGCUUCUUGUAAAAAACUUUUUUCGUCAAAGGAUGGUAAUGAAUUGAUAUGACGAAGAUCCGUUAAACGAAUCGUCACAUUCCGACAUUCCAGAGGAGGCUUCCAUUUUUUAUAAAUUCCAUUGAAUUGAAUGCAAUUUGCUGCGCAAUUUAAACGAAGAAUUUAAAUAUUUAUAUAUGUUUGACGCGAACUAAUUGCGCAAUAAUCUAAU